AUGGGCUAUGAUUUACAGCCCUUAACAACAGCCCAAGCCCAUAUAAGAAAUACUGCAGUACCAGAAAAAUCGAGGUCUCUCUCUAUCCCCGGCCUAAACCAUACAAAGAAGUGCAGAAAAAACGAAACCCUUCCAAGCUCAAGAAUGGCCGACGGCGAAGAAAACGACGAGUUCUAUCUACGGUACUACGUGGGCCACAAAGGAAAAUUCGGGCAUGAAUUCUUGGAGUUCGAGUUCCGACCCGAUGGCAAGCUCCGUUAUGCUAACAACUCUAACUACAAGAACGACACCAUGAUCCGCAAGGAGGUCUUUGUAACCCCCUCCGUUCUCAAGGAGUGCCGUCGCAUUGUCUCCGAAUCCGAGAUACUGAAGGAGGAUGAUAACAAUUGGCCGGAACCGGACCGCGUGGGGAGGCAGGAGUUGGAGAUUGUAAUGGGGAACGAACACAUCUCAUUUACCACCUCCAAGAUUGGCUCUCUCAUGGAUGUCCAGACCAGCAAAGAUCCUGAGGGUCUACGUAUAUUUUAUUACCUGGUUCAGGAUCUAAAGUGUUUUGUGUUCUCUCUAAUCUCCCUACACUUCAAGAUCAAACCCAUAUAA